AUGGGGCCUUAUACUUGCACUUCAUCUUAUAAUCUCCUUCUGUUGGCUCUCAUGCUGCUUCUCACAUCUCAAGGGAACGGCGCAUAUUACUCGCCUCAAUCUAGAAUUUGCACUGAUUAUUCCACCAAAUGUGGCGGCAAACAGAUAUUCUGCCCUAGACAAUGCCCGACGUUUAAGGCUUCCACUGAGAAAGGCAAAGGCUGCUUCAUCGACUGCAAUGCCAGAGACUGUGAAGCUAUUUGCAAAACUCGCAAGCCAAAUUGCAAUGGAAUUGGUUCAGCCUGUUAUGAUCCAAGAUUCGUGGGAGGAGAUGGAGUCAUGUUUUACUUCCAUGGCAAGACCAAUGAGCAUUUCAGCCUAGUUUCCGAUGUCAACUUCCACAUAAACGCCCGGUUCAUUGGACGACGACCUCAGGGGAGAUCACGCGACAAUACAUGGAUUCAGGCACUAAGCCUCAUAUUUGGCUCACACACCUUCACAUUAUCAGCAAACAAAGUUGCAGAAUGGGACAGCUCAACUGACCACUUCCUCUUCACCUACAAUGACCUACCUAUUCACAUCUCAUCAGGCCACCUAAACACCUGGACUGCCCCUGACAGCAAGCUAACCGUCGAGAGGACGACAUUGCACAACAGCAUUGCCUUAACACUGCCAGGAGUUGUGGAGAUGUCAGUAAAUGUGGUACCAGUAACAAAACAAGAUGAUCUUUUACAUAACUAUCAAAUACCUGCAGAUGACUGUUUUGCACAUUUGGAGGUGCAGUUUAAGUUCUUUUCGCUGAGUGAUAAAGUGGAAGGAGUGUUGGGACAGACGUAUCGCCCCGGGUUCAUGAGUCCGGUUAAGAGAGGCGUGGCAAUGCCAGUCAUGGGCGGGGAAGAUAAGUUCAUGACGUCUUCUCUGGUGGCUGCAGAUUGUAAGAAGUGCAUUUUUAGUGGCGGUGAAAUGAAUAUUGAAGCCAAGAGUAUGUUGUCGGAUGUGAUGACUGUGGAUUGCACGAGCACAAGUCCUGGCCAUAGCCACGGAUUUGCUUGUCGUCGAUAG